AGCAUUCAAGAUUGAGCGUGAGGACAGAGAGGAAGCCAUUGUAGAAGGUGGUGGUUAGGAAGAAAGUGUAAAUGUCGAUGUUUACCGACAAAAUGUAUUAUCCCGAAAAACUCCGAAAUUUCGGAGAAGGGUAAUUGAUCGGCGCUUGAGUGGCCCUUGUCUUUAACUAUUAGCCAUCGAUAUGGGAAAGAGAAAACGCGUAGCGGUGGACCAGACUGCUCAAGAUGAGGGCCAAAAACUUCUACCUCAAAAACGGUUUUACCGCCAGCGAGCACAUGCAAACCCCUUCUCAGAUCAUACCCUCGAUUAUCCCAAAUCACCUCAACACAUGGACUGGAAUGCACAUUACCCAGGAGCAGCUCCAGGUAAAAGACCAGAGUUUGCAGACAUUGGAUGCGGCUUCGGUGGACUUUCGAUGACCUUGGCUCCAUUGUUCCCUGAUAGUUUAAUACUCGGCAUGGAAAUCCGAGUGCAAGUAUCGCAAUAUGUUCAAGAUCGUAUUACUGCCCUACGCACUGCGAAUCAUGGUGAUCCAACAGCACAUUAUCAAAACGUUUCGAUCGUUCGCGCCAACGCCAUGAAAUUCCUUCCCAAUUAUUUCGCAAAGGCAUCCCUUUCUGCGCUUUUUUUCCUCUUUCCUGAUCCACAUUUUAAAGCGCGGAAACAUAAAGCACGCAUCAUUUCUCCGACCCUAUUGGCCGAAUACGCUUUUAUUCUUCGUCCAGGUGGGAUUGUAUACACCAUCACAGACGUCAAAGAUCUGCAUGAUUGGAUGAGAACGCAUCUCGAAAACUUCCCUCUGUUUGACACCGUAUCAGAAGAGCAAUUACGUGCUGAGGGUAAAGGCGACAUAGUGGAUGCGGUAUACACAAGUACGGAGGAAGGGAAAAAAGUCGAGAGAAACAAGGGUGAAAAAUGGCUAGCUUGCUUUCGAAGAAUAGAGGUGGCUCGAAUCUAAUAUUCGUUAUCUCCUACGUCUGCUCCGGUUGAAGGUCGACCAACCGACUGCAUUGAAGCCACCAACUGCUCUGUUCUG